CCUGUCCCCCUGUCAUGCAUUGAGCUUUUGAUACCCUCACUCAACAAACAACAUUGGCUUUCGCGACCGUUAUCUGAAAGAAUCGACUUUUCUACUCCGAUACCAGAACCACCGAGACUUGUUUCAGGAGCUUGAAGCAGCAACUGGUUGAGACAACAUACCUUGACACCCCUCAGGUUGUGCCACUGGCGAUUAAGAUCCACAUCAUCCCUCGACUUACCAGGAGGAGUUGGCUGCCGCAAACUUCAUAUAUCCACCACAAACAAAGAUACAAACAAUAGUUGGAAGCUCAAGUAUCCGAUCAUGUUCUUCACGGGAAGCUUGCAAGAAGGCAUCGCCGCGGCGCUGCAACAGAGCAAAUGUGUCUUCUGCUUUGUCACGGAUGAACAGACUGAGAGCCAAAAUUGGGAGACCGAGUACCUCACUGAAAGCACUAUUGCAGCCCUACUCCAGGAUGAGGCUGUCGCCCUGCGGUUGAAGAAGGGCUCGGAAGAGGCGGGUUACCUUGCUGCCAUCUUCCCGCUUCCCAACACGCCUACCGUCGUCAUCAUCAAGAACGGCGAUCUCAAGGAGUACAUCGUCGCCGGAACCGGCAAGGAUGAGUUCGUUAGACGAGUGACGACGGCCUUCCGCGGCGCUCAGGGCCAAGCUGCGGCCCCUCAACCUGCCGCGGCUUCAGCGCCUGCUCCGGCUGUUCAGCCGACCGACGACCUGUACAGCGAGAAUCCCUACAAUCCUCCCCAGGUUGCAACUCCCGCGACCAGCACCCAAACCCAUCCCGCCAGGCCCAGCACAUCCGACUCCAGUCCCCGCGGACCCGCCACUCCGACUCAGGAAGAAGAAAACGCCGCCACCUUGCGUGCAGUCCUCGCAGAGCGUGCCGCUCGUCUAGAGGCCCAACGCCUCGAAUCCGAGCGCAAGGCAAAAGCAGCCCGCGCCGCUGCCGCCGAGAAGGCCGAGACCGACAACUCCAAGCAGGCCGAGCAGACACGCAGCCACAGGGAGGCACUGAAGAAGGCGCGCCAGGAGGCCGCGCACGAGAAGGCCCGCAUUCUGAAGAAGAUCGAGGACGAUCGUGCCGAGCGGCGAGCCAAGGCCGCCGAGCGGGCCGCCAUCCGGGACCAGGCGUCCUCGCCGAAGCUCGGCGAUGUUGCCGCGGCACUAACAAGGUCCGAGUCAAGCUCCCUGGCGCCGUCGACGUCCUCCGCGAGCGGCAUGACGGCGCUGCAGGUGCGCCUCAUGGACGGGUCCACGAUCCGCUCACGGUUCCCGAGCAAGACCACCCUCGGCGGGGAUGUGCGGGCGUGGGUCGACGGUGAGAGGACGGACGGGAGCAAGGAACCAUACCGGUUCAAGGUCGUGCUAGCGCCGCUGCCGAGCAGGCUCAUCGACGACACUGAGGAGGACAAGAGCCUCGCGGACCUGGGGCUGUCGCCGUCGUCCACGCUGGUGCUGGCGCCUAUUAGUGCGCAUGUCAGCGCGUACGAGGGAUCGUCGAUUGGGAGCAUGGCCGUGGGUUUCCUGUUGCUGCCCUUGACGCUGCUGCAGUGGCUCUGGGGCGUGGUUUCGGGCGUGUUUUCGGGACUUGGGGCCCGGAGACCGGCGACUGAGGAGGGCGGCGCGGAGCCUGUCACCGUGAGGGAACAACGGAAGGGCCGGUUCUCGCAGUUUGCGAACCCGGACGAUCGGAAGGGCGAUCAUCAGCUUUACAAUGGCAACUCGCUGAAUUUUGAGCCGCGGCCAGACGAGAAAAAGGAUGAGUGAAGGAAUCCUCCGCGUACAUCACAGUAACAGUAAUAGACAUGGUGCAACGAGACACGUUCUGAUGUUUAACGAGUGGGAAUGUCAUCUAUUGUACACCAUGGGAGAUGUAAUAAUUAGGUCCAGAUCAAACUAGCCCCAUAUUCAAAGUUUUCGCCAUUACAAUAUGAUGUGCGAAACGUCGUGAUGCUCCAUGCCCGGGAUUUGCCACUGAUGUAAGUGAAAUUUCCCUUGUUUCCCCUUUUCCCUGUUUAACUAUUAAUUUACAUAUAUUGAGCCCUCGCUGACACGUGCGAUACCGCGUC